AUGUCCCAUACCAACAACUCUCCUCAUUCCUCCACUGGAGCUGGCCCGUCCUCCAGCCCCUUUGGUGGAACCGAUCUAACCGCCUAUUCUCCCGAGGCUGUCCGCAACACGUCUCGUGGCGCUGGUACCACUAUCGCCGAGUCGUCCAGGGCUGGCAGCGGCCAAGGCAGGACCCAAGUCACCAUCUACCAGGGCCUCCAUCCCAUGCCCCACCGACUUGGCACCUUCCUCAACGAGCUGGCCAAUACGGACAAGGACUUCGUGAGCCGAUUCCUCUUCGUCGGUGAGAUUCCGGACGGCGUCAAGGCUGGCAGUGACUUCGAGAUGGAGAUGUUCGCGGUCCAGCAUCAGAUGAAGCUCUACCAAGUCUUCAACUGGUGCGUCCCAACCUACGCUCGUGGUGUCUAUCUUAGGUUCGACAACAUCCGCGACUCUUGUGAGUCUCAUCAGCUCCUCAACCGUCGGACCUUCAAGAUGUUCUUCGUGGACACAUAUGACUUUGCCAUCGCGAAGUCACAGGACACUAGCUCUAUCAACGAGUUCGAGGGUCAGGUCAAGCUCCCUAUUGUCGUAAGCCUGGCGAAACAUCGCCAUCAUAAGCAACCGGCGAUUGUUCUGGCCACGAAGGACCUCAUUUGGUUAACGGAAGCUGUCGAAUGCACGAUGAGCAUAUAUGGUACCGUCCGUGCCUCGGCACAUACGGCCACAGACGAAGAGAACCUGAUCUUCACGUUCCGCAUCGAGUUCCAUUCUGUGGAAGCUGCUAACCGGGCGGUUGCAUCCUUGGCUCGUGAUCCGAUCUGGGGUCUGAGCGACGACGAGACCUGGCAUUGGACGACUCUUGAGCCAUCUGGCUGGAACGGAACGCGCGCGGCCAACUCACCGCACCGUCACAACCCUCAGAUCGACGAUUUGGGCCGCUUGAUGACCCACCGCCACCUUCAGCAAGUUGACUUCCGUGGUCUCACGCGCCACCCCGCUGACGCCCACAACCGCGUCCGUCGAGAGAAGAUUAUGGACGGAACCGAUGUUCGAACGACGAUUAUGCUUCGUAACAUUCCGAAUAAGCUUGACUGGAUGACGCUGAAGGGACUUCUUGAUGAGGUCUGCUUCGGCACGUUUGACUUUCUUUACUUGCGUAUAGACUUCAAGACGAGCUGCAAUGUCGGCUAUGCGUUUAUCAACUUCUCGGACAUUACUGGCAUGAUUGCCAUGUUAGACCGUGUCGAGCAUUGUGGGUGGAAAGGCUACCGCUCCAACAAGGCAGCGGAGAUUUCCUAUGCGACGAUCCAGGGUCUCCCGGCACUGGUGCAGAAAUUCCGCAACUCGUCGGUCAUGCAAGAGACACCCUACUGUCGCCCCCGCGUCUUCAUGGUCUACGAGGAGGCACGUGCAGACAACCAGGUCCGUUCUGCGGGGACCGAAAUGUCGUUUGCUCGUCCAGACAACCUGAGCAAGCUCCAGCGAUCCAUGGACAGUGCUCGGAGUAUCGGACUGUUCCCACCGACUGGGAUCUCUGAGGCUGCUCGUCGCCGCAACGAGGUGAGCGCCUAUGAUCACGGAAACCCCCGGGAGCUCGCCACGCGCCAGAUCGUCGGUAACCUCGCCAACCCGGACGUCAAGAAGAACGCUCUCCCUAAUAUCGAAGACCACUGGAAACAAGAGUGUGAACUCUGGUAUCUGAUGACUUCUGGCGCGGGUCAUUACGGACGCAUCCCAUAUGAGUAUAUUCCAGUCUCUGCGGUUCAGCAGUUCCUGCGAGAGCACCGUCCCUCCACAUUCACCUUCGUCAACCUUCCGGAUCCAGGCGUGAUCGGCGGUCCUGCUCCUAGCGCUGUCCUUGGUUCCCAGCCUGCUGCCGGCACUCCUGGCAACGCUCGCGCUGGUCCCUCUUCUGCGCAGCGGCCUCGCUUCCCUGGACGUCGCGUCUGA